AUGCUUCUGCCUUUAGUGAGUAUUAUUUUAAGCUUAAUAAUUAUGUUUUCUCGUACAUGGUUUUGGGCGCAAAGAAAGCUGCCUUUUUAUCCAAUAAAUCCAAAGAAUCCACUUGUUUUUUUUGAAAUUUCCAUUGGUGCUCAACCUGCAGGGCGGGUUGAAAUGGAGCUAUUUAAGGAUGUUGUCCCAAAAACUGCGGAAAACUUUCGGGCGUUAUGUACUGGUGAGAAGGGCGUUGGGCGUUCUGGAAAAGCGCUGUGUUAUAAGGGGAGCAAGUUUCACCGCGUUAUUCCUCAGUUUAUGUGUCAGGGAGGGGAUUUUACGAAUGGAAAUGGCACAGGGGGUGAGUCAAUCUAUGGAAUGAAGUUUCCUGACGAGUCUUUUGCUGGCAGAGCUGGGAAACACUUUGGUCCUGGUACGCUUUCUAUGGCAAAUGCUGGGCCUAAUACCAACGGUUCUCAGUUUUUUAUUUGCACAGCAGCGACGGAGUGGUUGGAUGGAAAACAUGUGGUCUUUGGCCAGAUUACCAAAGGGUACGAAGUAAUUGAAAAAGUCGAAGCCAACGGUAGCCGCUCAGGGGCCACCCGUCAACCAAUUCUUAUAACGGACUGUGGUGAAGUCAAAAACAACUGA